AUGCGCUGGCCAAUCCUGAUCGCUCUCUGUGUUCUUGCUCUCUUGGGGCUUUCUGCGGCCGACGAAGGCCUAUGCACGUGCCCUAGAAUCGUGAGGCCGGUCUGCGGAUCGGAUAACGUAACCUACGAUAACGAUUGCGAACUGGAAUGUCAAGCAAGGGACAAACCAAUUACUCAGGUCAAAGAAGGAAAAUGCUAGUAACUGGAAUGUCAAAGUACAACAAAGUAA